AUGUCUCCAGCAAGCAGUAGCAAGUCAGGCACGCGCAGGCAGUUCUGUGAUUCCUCUGCCAAUGAUUGUCCUCCUGCCUUUGCCUGUAGAACCAGCAACACAAAGUUUACUUCUGAUUCCUCUGGCACUUGUCUUGCAUCUUCUGUUCUGUCCUCCACCGCUAGGACGUGUGUACCCCCUGGGCAUGCAUCACCUUCCUCGAGGUUGCCUCAGGGGUUGCAGAGCACUGAAGUUUUGGAACCCCCGAGCUCUAAUUCCUCCUCUUCCUCUUGUAGCAUUGGAUUUCCUAGAUAUGGUGCAAGUCAAGCUUUCUCUGCCUCUCUUUCUAAGUAUUCCUCUAAGGGUGGGACACCUGGGUAUUUUUAUUCCAAGCUUACCAAAUCUGUAGAUAACAAAUCUCUCGUAGCUGAAUUUGAGGCCAUUGAAAAUUCAGACGACAGCAUCCUGUGCUCCUCUGUUAAUAUUCCCCAAGUAACUUAUUCCUCCCCGUCUCAACCGGGCUAUGCGGGGAACGUUCUCUUUUUCUCCUCUGCCUCUCACCCCACGGACAUUAUGACCAUGAGCCUUCCUGCCGUGCUAACCAGUCUUUCUCCACCGCUAAAUGAAUCUGCUAUCCAGGGAGGGAGCGUGUCUCCCAUCCCUCGGAGCUCCCAAUCCCCGGCAUCCUCCCACCCGUCCCCCAGCCCCCUUUCCCAACCCGAACCCAGCCGUCAGUCCAAGUCCCCUGACCCGUUCCAGCGUUCCUUCAGCCCCCUGCCCCCUCCUCCCCCAUCCCUAGGCCGUCGAACAAGGAGCCCUAGCCCCCACCUUGGCUUUGAUCAGGGGUCUGGUGAGGAGGAUGGCCAAGACCUCAUCUUUCUGGAGUCCCCACAGGAUGAGAUUUUCGACCCACUCUUCUCCAAAGACAUCCCCCAAAGGCCCCUGCAGAGCAUCCGACCCAGCCAGCCGCCCCCUCCUGUGCCCGGUGUUGCUAGAUCUACCUCAAGCCUUCCAGGAAAAACCUGCAAAUAGCGAGAGCUAAACUGUGAAUUGGAUGAACUUUUCAUGAUGGGUAAUUUUAUAAUACAUUUAGAAGUAAGAUGGUAAUCUAGAUAACUAAAAAGUGUAUAUAUCCAUAGUAUAACUUCAAGCUGGUAUUCUGCUUGCCAUGCACUAGCAUAUUGCAUAU